AGGCGGCGGUGGGUCCCCGGGGCCAGGCGCUGUUGGCGGAGCCGACGGGGCGGAGAGGAGCGCGGGCGGCGGGAGGAGGAGUAGGAGGAGGGGCUGGGCCAAGGGAAGUGCGACGUGUCUGCGGAGCCUUUUUAUACCUCCUUCCCCGAGUCCCGCAGCAGCGUCUGCCGCCGCCACCGCCAUCCGUGCGUCCUGCAGUGUCUGCCCUCGGGAGCCGGGCUCCGAGUCUCAGCGAGCUAAGCCAGCAUGUCGGGGAUCAAGAAGCAGAAGACGGAAAGCCAGCAGAAAUCCACCAACGUGGUCUAUCAGGCCCACCAUGUGAGCAGGAAUAAGAGAGGACAGGUGGUUGGAACAAGGGGUGGAUUCCGAGGAUGUACCGUGUGGCUAACAGGUCUCUCUGGUGCGGGGAAAACGACAAUAAGUUUUGCCCUGGAAGAGUACCUCGUCUCCCAUGCCAUCCCUUGUUAUUCCCUGGAUGGGGACAAUGUCCGUCACGGCCUGAACAAAAACCUGGGAUUCUCUCCUGGGGACAGAGAAGAAAAUAUCCGCCGGAUUGCUGAGGUGGCCAAGCUGUUUGCAGACGCUGGUCUGGUCUGCAUCACCAGCUUCAUUUCUCCUUUUGCAAAGGAUCGUGAGAAUGCCCGCAAAAUCCACGAGUCAGCGGGACUGCCAUUCUUUGAAAUAUUUGUAGAUGCACCGCUCAACAUUUGCGAAAGCAGAGACGUGAAAGGCCUCUACAAACGGGCCCGAGCAGGGGAGAUUAAAGGGUUUACUGGUAUUGAUUCUGAUUAUGAGAAACCUGAAACCCCGGAGCUUGUGCUUAAAACCAACUUGUCCUCCGUGAUUGACUGUGUCCAUCAGGUAGUGGAGCUUCUGCAGGAACAGAAUAUUGUGCCCCAUACUACAAUCAAAGGCAUACAUGAACUCUUUGUGCCAGAAAACAAACUUGACCAAGUUCGAGCUGAGGCUGAGACCCUCCCUUCGUUGUCGAUUACUAAGCUGGAUCUCCAGUGGGUCCAAGUUUUGAGCGAAGGCUGGGCCACUCCUCUGAAGGGGUUCAUGCGGGAGAAGGAGUAUUUGCAGGUUCUACACUUUGAUACGCUCCUAGAUGGCAUGGUCCUUCCUGAUGGAGUGAUCAACAUGAGCAUUCCCAUCGUCCUGCCCGUCUCUGCGGAUGAUAAGAAGCGCCUGGAAGGGUGCAGUGAGUUUGCGCUGGUGCACGCUGGACGAAAGGUGGCAAUCUUAAAAGACCCUGAAUUCUAUGAGCACAGAAAAGAGGAGCGUUGUUCUCGCGUGUGGGGGACAACGUGUGAAAAACAUCCCCACAUCAAAAUGGUGAUGGAAAGUGGUGAUUGGUUGGUUGGUGGAGACCUACAGGUGCUGGAGAGAAUAAGGUGGAAUGAUGGGCUGGACCAGUACCGCCUGACACCACUGGAGCUCAAACAGAAAUGUAAAGAAAUGAAUGCUGAUGCAGUGUUUGCGUUCCAGCUGCGUAACCCUGUCCACAAUGGUCACGCUCUGCUGAUGCAGGACACCCGUCGCCGGCUCCUGGAGAGGGGCUACAAGCACCCGGUCCUCCUGCUCCACCCUCUGGGCGGCUGGACCAAGGAUGACGACGUGCCCCUGGACUGGCGGAUGAAGCAGCAUGCAGCUGUGCUGGAGGAAGGAGUCCUGGAUCCCAAGUCAACCAUCGUCGCCAUCUUCCCAUCUCCUAUGCUGUACGCUGGCCCCACAGAGGUCCAGUGGCACUGCAGGGCCCGGAUGAUUGCAGGGGCCAACUUCUACAUCGUGGGCCGGGAUCCUGCUGGAAUGCCCCACCCGGAGACCAAGAAGGACCUGUAUGAAGCCACUCAUGGGGGCAAGGUUCUGAGCAUGGCCCCUGGCCUCACCUCUGUGGAAAUCAUUCCUUUCCGGGUGGCUGCCUACAACAAAGCCAAAAAAGCCAUGGACUUCUAUGAUCCAUCUAGGCACAAUGAGUUUGACUUCAUCUCAGGGACACGAAUGAGGAAGCUCGCCCGUGAAGGAGAAAACCCCCCGGAUGGUUUCAUGGCCCCCAAAGCCUGGAAAGUCUUGACAGAUUACUACAGAUCCCUGGAAAAGAACAACUAAAUGCCUCUGGCUCCAGAGGUUUCUUCUGAAGUGUCCUUUGAUUGCCUUUUCUAUUAUUUGUGAUUAGAUGCUUUGUAUCCAAUUGCUUCUGAAGGACUGAUUCUGAAGUUACAAUUUCAUAACUAGGUGAAUAUUGUGUCUCUAA